AUAACUUUUACACAAAUUUUUCUUCAAAAAAAUAAUAACAAAUCCCAUUUUUAUUAAAUAUAUAAAAUUAACAAAAAAAAACAAUUUCAAAAUGAAUCAAAGAAAUCCAAAUAACGUUAAAGAUUUUAUUGAUAGUAAUAAUUUCCUAAAUAGCUGCGAUAAUAGUAAUAAUUUAAAUACUGAUACACACAAAAUUAAUAUAAACGACACACAUAUAAUUACAAAUAAUAAUGGAGUAUCACCAGGACACUACACACAGGAUGACAAAUAUAAAUUAUUUACUAUUUAUGGAAAUGACACCGACAAUGACAAAUUGUCCGGUCUUCCACAUUCGACAACUGGUUCACUAAGCUCAAUCAUCACGACGUCAAUAGCAUCAUCAGAACCUGAUCCAGGAUCGGAUAGGGGCGGUGCAGGUGGUGGUAAUGAUGGUGGUGGUAGUAGUGCCGGAAAUCCGGGUUGUGCUGAUGAAAAACAAGCAUUAAAUCGUCCUGGUGUGAAACAAGAAAAAUGGACGACAAUAUUGGUGCAAGUGUCGAUACCAUUCUUUUUGGCUGGUAUUGGCACAAUCGGAGCUGGCAUCAUUUUGGGAAGAGUCGAGAAAUGGAAAGUAUUCAAAUCGAUUUCUCAGCUUUUUAUUCUGGUUCCUGCGCUUCUUGGCUUAAAAGGAAAUCUAGAUAUGUGCCUAGCAUCUCGACUCUCAACCCAAUCCAAUCUUGGCAAUAUGGCAUUACGCAAAGAAAUUAUAAAAAUGAUUGUUGGCAAUAUAGCUUUAGUUCAGGUCCAGGCGACAGUUGCGUCCUUUUUAGUUUCAUUGUUUGCCAUCUCAGUUGGUGCUGCCAUGGAUGGAAAGUUCGAUUUUACACAUACAAUGUUGUUAAUUGCUUCGAGUAUGUUUACUGCUACCUCGUCCUGCUUUGUAUUAGAUUUUGUGUUAGUGGCUGUGGUAUUAUUAUCUAAGAAAUUUCGAUUGAAUCCGGACAAUUUGGCAACUCCUUUGGCAGCGUCAAUUGGUGAUGUAGUUUCAAUUAGUGUACUUUCAUUUAUUGCAUCUCUUCUAUAUGAUCACUUGGAUACCCACCUAUGGAUUACCUUCGCAGUUAUUGCAGUCUAUCUUUGUCUUCUACCUAUUUGGGUAGUUAUUGUAUACAAAAAUAAAUAUACUCGCCCUAUUUUAACAAAUGGAUGGAUUCCUGUACUCUCAGCGUUGUGUAUUAGUGGAUUUGGUGGUUUAGUACUUGAUGCUUCAGUCGAUGUCUUUUAUGGUUUUGUUGUAUUUCAACCAAUUAUCAAUGGCAUCGGUGGUAAUUUAGUAUCAGUUCAAGCAAGUAAAAUCUCUACAAUGCUUCAUCAGAGUUCAAUUAUCGGUAUUAUCCCACCACAUGCCAAAAUAUUUGAGUGGCCAUGGAGAGCAAUUUUCAAAGGAGUUCCAUACGCUAGAUCUGCAAGAAUUCUGCUCGCACUGUCCGUUCCCGGUCAGAUAUGUUUCAUCUUUGCAGCUGAUUAUAUUCACAUGUCAGAAUCAACGAUUACAUUAACAUUUGUUCUCGCGUACCUCUGUGCAAGUAUUGUUCAGGUGUCGUUACUCUUGUAUUUAGCUCACAUUAUAAUUCAUGCAAUGUGGAAGUGGAAGAUCGAUCCCGACAAUUCUGCCAUCCCAUACUUAACCGCUUUGGGUGAUCUCUUCGGAUCGAGCUUUUUAGCGCUGGCGUUCCUAUUCCUUGUGUCAAUUGGUAAACAAUACGGUGGCGACACGGACAUUCUUGAUGUACCUACCUAAACAAAAACAAAAAAAAUCACUAAACAAAAAAAAAGGAGUAACUUCUUCUUUAUCCUUCGUGUCAUCUACUCCUCAUGAUAAAAGAAAAAUAAAAUAUAUGUACCUAAUAAGAACACAAAAGCAACCUUAAGUAACCAAAUAAAAACAAAAAAGUGGAAAGUAAGUAAAAAAAAAUUAUAGUUUAUAAUAAAAAAUUUACAAAAGUUGUUUAAAAAGAUUCUUUAACACCAAAACGAUAAAAAAAUAUAGAGUAUUAUAAGUUUUAAGAGAUUCGUAGUUAACAAGGACUUAUUAUAUAAAUUAAAAAAAAAAAAACAAAAAUUAAAACAAAUUAUAAAAAAAUAACUCUCUACAAUAAUUAUUACUAUAAAAAAUGAGAGCAAAACAAAUAAUAACAAAAUCAAAAAAAAAAAAAAAAUACCUUUAAUUUUUCGACAGUAUUUUUGAAAACAAUAAUAAAUUUAAAAAAUUAAUUAGUUUUAUUAUUAAAUGGAAGAACAGGAAAAUUGAAAGAGAAUUCUUUGAAAUUCUCUCUGAUUUCUAAAGAAACUAAAAACAUAUACAAACAUUUCUUUUAAUUUUUGUUGGUCUUUUGGUUGAUUUUUUUUUAAUUUAUUCAAUUUUAGCCAAUCAAAUUUAAUUUAAUUUAUUUUUAAGCAACCUGAGGCAAUAAAUUUGUUCUAGUGUUUUUAUUUUUAAUUUUUUAAAUUUAAUUUAAAGUUAAUUAUUUGCAAUAAAUACCGAUCUGCUAUUAUUCAACUAAUCACAACAAAAUAGAAAACAAUUGCAAAUAGUAUUAUAAUAUUUAAAUUAUUAUUAUUAAUUAUAUAAUUGGGUUUGAUUUUUACAAGCCGAGUAUAAAUGUAGAUUCAUAAAUACUCUAGAAUAUAAUUUAUAUCAUUUAAUUAGUUUUUAUAAUUUAUCAAAUGUAUUAUUUGUAAAUUUUUUUAGGCCUUAAGGAGAUGUCAACUGAAAACAAAAGUAAAAUUAAAAAAAAAAAAGAAAAAAUAAAUAAUUGUAAAUAGAUUUCCAUAAAAAAAUAAAUGAUCCCAUAUUUUUCACAAAACAAAAAAAAAAUCCUUACCCCUGAGACAAACCAAAAGAUAUAAUAUAAUUUUUUUUGUGACACAUUAUACUACAGACCGCUCCAACUACAUUUGUGUUGUGUGUUGUUUUUGUUUAAUAAAUAUUCUUUGUAUUUGACUUAUUUACAAAUUUAAAGUUUAUUUAAUAAAUUUAAAUCAAUUAAAGAACAAAAA